GAUUAGAUUCCAUCUCUAGAAGUAGAAAGGUUGGUAUCCCAUCCAUCUCCAUGAACCAGUGACAGUGAUUGUAUUUCGACGGGUCUACUCUAAUUCUACAGAAGAAAAACUAAAAUCCCAAAAACAAACGCCAUUAAAAUGAAGUAACCAUAAAUUCCUUUUCGCCCUUCACUUCCACUCUUCGUUCAGUUCGAUUCUAGUAUAUAGAUGCAUAAAGAAAAUCUCAAAAUGUCUAAUCCUCUUCUUGCAUUACUUGUCUUAUCACUUUCCGUUAGUCUUGUUACAUCAACCAAUGCAAUGAAAGAAGAAGAAUCAAUGGGGGUUCUAUUAAGAAAACUUUACAAUAAAAAACCCUCUUCAUCUGUACAAGAAGCAGCAGCUAUGGGAGUUCUUCGAAGACUAUUGCCAACCCAUGUUUCUAGCUUUGACUUUAAGUUAGUUUCCAUGGAAGUUUGUGGUGGAUCUAGUUGCUUCUAUAUUAAGAACUCCAAUGCUAGUAGCAGGCGAGGAUCAGAGAUAACGAUAGAAGGCACCACCGCCGUCGAAAUUACGUCUGGCCUUCAUUGGUACCUAAAAUAUUGGUGUGGUGCUCAUAUUUCGUGGGACAAAACUGGAGGCAUUCAGAUAGCUUCAGUCCCAAAGCCAGGAUCACUACCACCUGUAAAGGACCAAGGAGUGUUGGUUAGGCGUCCAGUCCCGUGGAAUUAUUACCAAAAUGUUGUUACCUCAAGCUAUUCUUAUGUGUGGUGGGAUUGGAAUAGGUGGGAGAAAGAAAUAGAUUGGAUGGCUCUUCAAGGGAUUAACUUGCCUUUGGCAUUCACAGGUCAAGAAAGCAUUUGGCAAAAAGUUUUCAAGGGUUUUAAUCUUAGUAACAGUGAUUUGAGUGACUUCUUUGGAGGACCAGCCUUUCUUGCUUGGGCUCGCAUGGCCAAUUUACAUGGAUGGGGUGGGCCUCUUCCGCAGAGUUGGUUAGAUCAACAAUUGGUUCUUCAGAAAGUUAUUUUGUCAAGGAUGAUAGAGUUGGGCAUGACUCCUGUACUACCAUCUUUCUCUGGGAAUGUUCCAGCAGCAUUAAAAAAGAUAUUUCCUUCAGCCAAUAUUACUAGACUCGGGGACUGGAAUACUGUUAAUGGUGAUCGUCGGUGGUGCUGCACAUUUCUUUUGGACGCGUCUGAUCCGCUAUUUGUUCAAAUUGGCGAAGCUUUUAUCAAGCAACAAAUCAAAGAAUAUGGAGAUAUAACUGAAAUCUACAGCUGUGAUACAUUCAAUGAAAAUUUACCACCUACAAAUGAUCCAAAAUAUAUCUCACAACUUGGAGCAGCCGUUUACAAGGCGAUGUCGAAGGGGAAUAAAGAUGCUGUUUGGCUAAUGCAGGGGUGGUUAUUCUCGUCAGACUCUGCCUUCUGGCAUCCAGCACAGAUGAGAGCGCUUCUCCAUUCUGUUCCAUUUGGAAAGAUGAUAGUUCUUGAUCUAUUUGCUGAGGUCAAACCUAUCUGGAAGAAGUCUUCUCAGUUUUAUGGGACUCCAUAUAUAUGGUGUAUGUUGCAUAACUUUGGUGGCAAUAUUGAGAUGUAUGGUAUACUGGAUGCAGUUUCUACUGGUCCAGUUGAUGCUCGUAUCAGCCAAAAUUCAACUAUGGUUGGUGUAGGAAUGUGCAUGGAAGGGAUAGAACAGAAUCCUGUCGUCUAUGAGUUGAUGUCGGAAAUGGCAUUUCGUAGUGAAAGAGUUCAACUGAAGGAAUGGCUGAAAUCGUAUUCUCGUCGACGUUAUGGUAAAGAAAUUCAUCAGAUGGAGGCAGCUUGGGAAAUACUUUAUCGAACAAUAUACAAUUGUACAGAUGGAAUUGCAGACCAUAACAAAGAUUACAUAGUUGAAUUUCCAGAUUGGGAUCCAUCAUGGGACUCUGGUUCUAAUAUGUCCAAAAGAAACACACAGCAUCACUUAAGACAGGAAACAACGUUUAGAUUCUCCUUUGCAGAAACAAACUCUGUCUUGCCUCAGCCACAUUUAUGGUAUUCAACUGAGGAGGUCAUUCAUGCCUUGCAGCUAUUCAUUGAUGCAGGAAGCAGUCUUGCAGGAAGUCUCACAUAUAGAUAUGACUUGGUCGACCUUACUCGCCAAGUACUAUCAAAACUAGCAAACCAAGUUUAUUUGGAUUCAUUGACAGCUUUCAAACACAAGAAUGCCAAAGCAUUGAGUUCCGCUAGUGAAAAGUUUGCUGAACUCAUCAUGGAUAUUGAUAUGCUUUUAGCUUCUGAUGAUAAUUUUCUUUUAGGAACUUGGCUGGAGAGUGCUAAAAAACUUGCAACCACUCCCAGCGAGAUGCGACAGUAUGAAUGGAACGCCAGGACACAAGUGACCAUGUGGUAUGAUAACACAAAAAACAAUCAGAGCAAACUUCACGAUUACGCAAAUAAAUUUUGGAGCGGAUUGCUGGAAGGUUACUAUCUGCCAAGAGCCUCCACAUACUUUCGCUGUUUGUUAAAAAGUUUGAAUGCAAACCAGAAUUUUAAGCUGGAAGAAUGGAGGACAGAAUGGAUUUCUUAUUCAAACAAAUGGCAAUCAGGGGCAGAGCUGUAUCCUGUAAAGGCCCAAGGACAUGCCCUCACCAUCUCGAAAGCACUGUUCAAGAAAUACUUCAACUGAUACAAUUUGAUGCUUUCCUGUGGUGCUAAAGUAUGUAAAAGAGAUACAAAUCCCUUGGGAACAAAUAAAACUUGUAUCAGUUUGUUUUCUUCUUCUGACUCCCACUUAUGAUCCUUUGCAAGUGUAACAUUACCCUUUGGGACAAGCUGUCACUUUUAUUAUUUAGGCUCCCUAAAUUUAAGGAAUUUCUUGUCUCUCUCGAUGUUUAACAUAAGCUUUUUUCCUUUUUGGUGCA